AUGUCCUCAACACCAGACGACGCCGACACGCCCCUAGGCAUCGGCUCCCAACUCCGGGCAUGGGGAACAUCCGCCAUCCCCCCCAUGACGCUCACAACCCUCAUCAUCUCCCUCCACGCGCGCCCCUUCCAACCGCUCCCCAUGCUCUUUCCUCCCCUCCUCAUCUUCAGCAGCUACCUCACGCUCGCGGGGGUUAAGAUCGACGGGGCGGGGAUGACGGCGGCGUGGUCGGGGGUGUAUGCGCUGCUGGCGGCGCGGCGGCGGCCGGCGUCGCUGCGCAGCCGGUUUUCGGUGCGGGGCGUGGUGCGGGGCACGGCCAUGGGGCUGGGCGCGGUGAAUGCCGGGGCGGGGUUUUAUACGUAUGCGACGGGGGACAGGAAGAGGGAGGAGGCGGAGAGGAGGGAGGGCCUGUCCAAUGCCAUGGCAAACCGGGCUCUGCCAGCUUCCAAGAGGGGAUACUCCAAAAACUGCUGGCGGAGUAUAGUACACGGCUAUUAA